AUGAUAGUACGUUAUGGUAUUGUGGUGGCACGUUAUGAUAGUGUGGAGACACGUUAUGGUUGUGAGGUGACACGUUAUUGUAGUGAGGAAACACGUUAUGGUAGUGAGGUGACACGAUAUGGUAGUGAUGUGACACGUUAUUGUAGUGAGGUGACACGAUAUGGUAGUGUGGAGACACGUUAUGGUUGUGAGGAGACACGUUAUUGUAGUGAAGAGACACGUUAUGGUAGUGUGGAGACACGUGAUGGUAGUGUGGUGACACGUUAUGGUAGUGAUGUGACACGUUAUGGUAGUGAUGUGACACGUUAUGGUUGUGAGGUGACACGUUAUUGUAGUGAAGAGACACGUUAUGGUAGUGUGGAGACACGUUAUGGUAGUGAGGUGACACGUUAUGGUAGUGUGGAGACACGUGAUGGUAGUGUGGUGACACGUUAUGGUAGUGAGGUGACACGUUAUGGUAGUGAUGUGACACGUUAUGAUAUUGAGGAGACACGUUAUGGUAGUGAGGUGACACGUUAUGGUAGUGAGAUGAUGGUACGUUAUAAUAUUGAGGAGACACGUUAUGGUAGUGUGGAGACACGUUAUGGUUGUGAGGUGACACGUUAUUGUAGUGAAGAGACACGUUAUGAUAUUGAGGAGACACGUUAUGGUAGUGUGGAGACACGUUAUGGUAGUGUGGAGACACGUUAUGGUUGUGAGGUGACACGUUAUUGUAGUGGAGAGACACGUUAUGAUAUUGAGGAGACACGUUAUGGUAGUGAGGUGACACGAUAUGGUAGUGUGGAGACACGUUAUGGUAGUGAGGAGACACGAUAUGGUAGUGAGGUGACACGUUAUGGUAGUGAGAUGAUG